UUUCCCUCAAAGAUAAGGUCCCAUCUGAUUCGGACGUAACGACCUGCUCCCUCUCAACCGCACUCUCCGGCGCGUGACUUCCACGCUCUUCUCUUCCUCGAUUCUCGCCAAACGGAUAUACUGCUCCUCAGAUCUCUUCCUCUAAUUUUCUUUCCGUUUUUCCCUCUCCCCAAACAGAUUUUAAUCCGGGAAAAUUUCAUUCCCACUGGGCUGCGCGAGAUUCCUUCCGCCGGAGCAUUUUCUACCCGGCAUCUCGCGAUAGUUUUACUUUCCCUUCCCCCAUUUUCUUCUCCUUUCUCGGGAAUUUAAUCUUCUGUGUGCACAGUGAUCGGAGUUUUCCACAUCUGUGUUCUGACUAGAGCGCUGCGAUCUUCCCAAUUCGACCGUUCUGUGGAUAGAGUAGAGUUCGUUGGUUGGUUUAUGUUUAUCCAGAAAUUGGGGACGUUUCUGAGGGACGAAUAAUGAUGAGGAGGCCGCGAGAAGAUCCGCAAUCUAGGGUUUUGCAUGAGAUUUCGUCUCUGCUUAUGAAAAUUCUCCGAUCGCCGCCACCGCCGGUGCCUUUUUCCGAUCACGUUCUUGAAUUGUCGUCGGUUAUUUCAUCUUCGUCGGGAUUAUUGCCUUCGUCGCAGAUUACGCCGGCUGGACUUGCGUCGCUGCUGCUCGGAAUUUCGCUGGCUUUGAUGCUCUGUGGAUCGGUUACUUUCUUCCUUGGUUUCUUGUUAAUGCCUUGGAUUCUCGUGUUGGUGAUGAUUUUCUACGUGGUUGGGAUUGUCUCCAGCCUCUCUAUGUUGGGACGCUCUAUACUUUGUUGUUUCUCCGCUCCAACGCCUCGGAAAGAUUUUAAUGCUUGGAAACAAAUGUAAAUAUGAAGAACUUGGGUUAUACCAGAUAGUUGAAUUAUUUACCUGAGGAUGUAGGAGAAUCAGAGUAAAGAUGCCUUUGUGAAUGAAUGGUGCUGCCUCUAGAAAUAUAUAUAGGCAAAAUGAAGUUUGAAUUAUUUCCACAAUUUGUUGUACUUUUUUUUUAAUUCAACAAGGUGUGGGGGUGGGGAUUCGAAUCUCCGACCGUUUGGUCGAGAAUAUAUACCUUAGCCAGUUGAGCUAUGUUCAUGUUGGUAUUGUUGUACUUGAACUUGUGGAGUGGAUAUUGUGUAAUGAAUUUUCCUACUUUUAAGACCUUUUCA